AUGCGACCACCAUAUGGUAUCAAUAACUACGUGAAUAUCUGCAAUGGAUUCGCCAACUUCUACUCGUGCCUUGGACCGCAAAACAUUCGGUAUUGCCUUGGUCUUAUCGGACUGGUGGGAAUGGGCAAAUCACCACAGGAUGCCUACUCCUAUGAGGGAUUUCUCGCUGAUUGGCGGUUCAAGUGUGGCGCCGGAUUUUUCGGUGAGUGCGUUUUGAUCAGAAUUUGGGAAUGGCUUAGACUGCAAAGGAACGCUUUACACGCAGCAGAAGCUACAUCCCAGGGCACGAUUUCUUCGAGCUCUUUUGUUGCGAUAGUGCUGGGUGGGCAGUAG